GAUAAUAAUUAUUGGUUGCUCCUAUUAGCGCUCACCGCUCACUGACCUCUUGUACUGAGUUGACAACCAAUAAGGGCAAAUCGAGCAAGCUUCCUCCUGAGAUCCAGAAUCUUCCUUCGCCGGUCUCCCUUCUCUUUGUACUCCAAUCGAACCACUCGCGCGUGAGGCCGCAUUGAUCUCCUACCUUUUGGGCCGCGACAACUGUGGGCGCCUAUGGGAACUUACCAUUCCUCUGCCUCGAUUCAGUGGCGGGGUUGAUGCGCCUUAGCUUGCUUGGUCGCAACGGGGGACUGAGACUCGCUUGGCCUAAAUGGGGCCGAUCUGGGGCAGCGGCAGCGGCGGCGGCCCGGAGCCGGGAAAUUUCUUGCUCGUGCUCUGUUUCGCCUUCGGAUCCUUCGUCGCCCGCUUCUUGCUCGACCGCUUCCUCUAUAAGCCUUGUGCUAUGAGAUUGUUUGGUAAAAAAGCUGUUCUAAUGAUGAAUGAUGAGGCCAAAUGGUCAAAGGUUGUGAAGUGUUCUGAGUCAAUGUGGAAGUUGACCUACUAUGUUACUGUCCAAAUAUGGGUCCUUUCAAUCAUCAAGCAGGAGCCUUGGUCACUGGAUACGAAGGAGUACUUCAAAGGGUGGCCGAAUCAAGAAAUGAAGUCUUCUUUGAAGCUUUUCUACAUGUGUCAAUGUGGAUUUUACGUCUACAGCAUUGCUGCUCUCAUUGCAUGGGAAACUCGCAGGAAGGAUUUCUCAAUAAUGAUGUCCCAUCACGUAGUCACCUCAACAUUGAUUGGAUUUUCUUAUAUUACCAGGUUUUUCCGAAUAGGGACUGUAAUGCUUGCCCUUCACGAUACAAGUGAUGUCUUCCUAGAAGCAGCUAAAUUGUUCAAAUAUUCAGAAAAGGAGAUGGCAGCUAGCUUGUGCUUUGGACUUUUUGCCUUGUCAUGGUUAAUUCUGCGAUUAGUAUACUUCCCCUUCUGGAUAAUUAAAUCCUCUAGCUAUGAGUGUGUCCAAGCCUUGUCAUGGAUGGAAAAUUUUCCAACCACUUUAUAUUAUAUAUUCAACACAAUGCUUCUUACCCUGCUCGUCUUCCACACCUACUGGUGGAAACUGAUAUUUGCAAUGAUUAUGAGACAGAUGGGUAAUAAAGGCCAAGUGGGAGAGGACAUCCGAUCAGAUUCUGAAGAUGGAGAUUAAACUCACGUGAUCCAGACUUUGCAUUGGGAGAUGUGAUCUAUAACAAAAACUAUGGUGCAGAAUUUUGCGCAUUCAUUUCUUUUAACUUUAUAACCGCAGAUCAAGUGCCAACAGAUUCUUGUACUCUGUCUACUGCUGAUUUAGAGCUUCAUCGAUUAAAGGCAAAGCCUCCUUGGGACAAAGAUGCACCGGUGGUACUGAAGAUUUUUGUUCUGCUUGCAUGAGGUAUAUUUUUUGUAUAACAAGGUUGCUUCUGAGCUUCCAGAUGUAGAAAGAUUGUCAUCCAUGAAUAUGAAAACAGGAAA